CAGUAGAAAACACACUAAUUAUUUGUUAUUAUUAACGGUUUCCCGCCAUUGGUUAAUAUUGUCAGUGUUGUCUAAAUGUAUAAUGUGUAUUGCUCCAUGUUAAUAAUAUUCAAUAUAAAUAAUAUUAAUGUGAUCUCAAAACGACAUAUAAUUUGGAUUUUUUAACAUAAAAAAAUCCACCAUUAUUGUAAGACCAACGGAUAUAUUUGGUACGCAACAUCUGUCUGUAAGAUUAUGGCAACUUUAACAAGAGAUUUUAUACAACAAAGACGAAGAUCUGUUCGUCAAGCACUUUCUGUUAUAACAGACAUGACGACUCUUUCAGUAUCAACAGUUCCAAGAAAUGCAAGUGAUUUAAAUAUAUCAAUAAAUGGACGUUAUUCUUGGAGUCCAGCACCAAGUCCAGAUGAGCUUGUUAUACAAAAACGUGGUCGUCGUCGUCGUACAAUUGUUUGGUCACCAGAAGUUGAUAAAAAACGUGAUAGUUUAUUAAGUAAUAAUUUAAAUGAUCGUACACCAGUUAAAAGUACAUCAAGAUUAUCAAUGCAUAAUCAUAAUACACCACGUAAACGUCUUGUACUUGAUGAUAAUGAUAAAAAUGAUUAUUUAACACCAGAACAACAAAUUAAAAAAAUUAAUUCAAUAAAUGAACAAAAACAAUAUAAUGGUAAUUUAAUAAAUGGUCUAAGAGGAUUAAGUAAUGAUCAAUUGGUUAAAGUUAUUAUGGAUCUUGUAUCAAUGCAAGAAGAUGGUGCUAUUAAACCUGAUGAACAAUUACGUGAUGUUAUUAUGAAAAGAAUGCCUGUUGCUGAUAUACAACCAUUAAAAGAAACUUUAAAUUCAUUGAGACAAAAUGUUUUUGGUAGUCUUGUUUCAUCUGAUGAUAAAUCAGAGGAAGAUGCAUUUGAACGUGCUUCAGUUUAUCUUGAUGCUUAUGAGAAAACACUUCAUGAACAAGGUGAAAAAUUAAUUACCUCCCAGCAUUGGACAUCAGUUAUGCAGUAUGUAUUUGCAGCAUGGUCAAUUACCAAGGAACUUCCAGUAUGGCCACAUCAACACAAUACUGUCCAUAAAUGUUAUGGAUAUUUGACAACGUUUGCCAAAAAUGCAUUGCUCAAUGGAUCAUUUACUGAUUCAGCAUUGGAAGUAUUUUCAACCAAAAUGGAAACAAUGUCUCAUGAUUGUGAAGAUAUGAGAAUUUGUCUACAAAUUGCUAAAGAUAUGAUUCGUACUUGUUAAACCAAUGAAUGCCUUAACAAUAUAUCUUUACAAUAUUUUAUUAAUUAAUACUAAGUAUAUAAUUAAUUAUUUUAUCAUCUUUUUAUCAAGUAAUUUAAUUUUUUGUUUGUUUUUUUUUUUGACGUGGAAAAUUGUCCGUUAUUGUGAGUUUAAAAACAAUACAGUUAUUAAAUUAAUUUUUUUUUUUUUAUAUAUUAUUUAUAUUCAGUUGACUAAAAAACAAAAUGACAUUAGAUUUUAAAAAAGUCUUUGAGAUAUAUUUUUCGUAAAGUGAAUGAAAAAAAAAAAUUAAAUAAUUAAUCAUUGUUUUUAAGUGUGCUAUAGAAAAUAUUAUUAAUGAAAUUAUUUUCCAAUUAAGUAUUAUAUUAUGUAAUCAAUAAACAUUUGUAUCAAUUUUUUAAA